CAAUAACUUCAUCGCGAACAAAUGCACGACGAUGAAGCGUUUGUUAAUAAUUUAUCUUCUUUAUACGCUUUUCCAAACGGUUUUAUUGUCACCAUGCGUGAAAAUCGUGUAUAAACAAACGAAUAAGAUUGGCUUUCAGUGCACUGAAUUAACAACACUGCGAGAAUAUUUGAACAAAGCAUGGACCAACACGACGAUCAUUACGAUUUUUGAUUCAAAUAUUCCUAACAUACUCGGAUAUAGUUUUGCGAGAUUCGGAGCGACUCUCAUGACCUUAGACCUGCACGAAUCGGGCAUACAAACGUGCGAUACUCAAGCAUUCAUAGGCCUUACGAAAUUGAAGAAACUGAUGCUUUGGGGCAAUAAAUUGACGAACGUACCAAGAGAUUGGUUCGUGAACAUGUACUCCUUGCAGACUCUGGAUUUGUCAUUCAACGCCAUUCAGUGGGUCGACUACACGGUCUUUCAAAUGCUCAGUAAUUUACAAAACUUUUACUUCGACUAUAACCAACUUAACUCUAUCGACUACAACAUGUUCGCUUAUCUGGGUAAUUUGAAGAAAGUAAAAUUCAGCAAGAAUCCCUGGAAUUGGGCGUAUCGCGCUCGUUUGACGUGGCAGUUGGAGAACCAAAAGGUUGAAAUACUCGACAUGUGGGAGGAUUGGAACUGGAUGAACGUCAUGAUCAAGGAUUGUGUCGAGAGCGGCCGCGGCGAGUUGCCGAGUGACAAGGUGCUUGACUGCGUCGUGGAGAAGCUGCUCGUGUUCACGUACGAGAGCUAUAACGUGCAAGAGAGAAGUAGCAUGGUCGAAUGCAGCAAUCAAACCAGUCGAUUAAUACGUUGUAUGAGACCGAGCAAUGCUACCGGCAACACCGAUUAUGAAACGGUACGAAGGAUCCUGGAGGAUUACUCCACGAUUCUGCCCUCAAUGCAAAGAGCGCUCAGCCCUUUCUCAUUGAAAUGAUAAACGAGCUAUGUCUCCGUCUUCUUAGGGAUUUCUUCAAGUUAAAUCUUGAGGUACUUUUACCAUAAAUUUAUAACUGUGUACUCUAUAAUUGCGAGAACUCUUAAUCGCUACAUAGUAGUAAUUAGUAUAUAUCUUUAAAAAAUAAAUGAAUAAAAAGAAAAUCGCGUAACUAUAUACUUUAAUGUAUAGUGUUUUAUAUGUAAAUUUAAGAUUUGUAUUUAAAAAAAAUAUGACAAGUAUUUCUUUUCUAUAUUAAUUAUAGAAUAAGGAAAAAAAAUAAGAUUAUAAAUUCGUAGAAAAAUAAUAACUUUAUUAAAUUAAUUUUUUCGCUAUGCAAUUUAAAUUAUACGUGAAGGUAUUAUGAACUAAAAAACUAAACGUAAUAUACGAUCACAAAUUCGAUGUAACACGCUGUGCGUGUCUUUCAAUUAAAAUAAUUGUUCUGAACAAA